AUGCCUCCGACGGAAUCUGCUCGUUCAGCGCUAAAUUCCUUUACCUGCUCGCUCUGCAACAAGUCUUACUCGCGCCAUCCCGAGUAUGAGGCGCACAUCGGCUCCUACGACCACCAGCACAAGAAACGGCUGCGCGACCUGAAGCAGCUCUCACGCGACCCAAACGCCGCCGAGAAGGCCAGGAAGGCUGAGCGGAAAGCCAACGAGGAAGCAGGUCUUAUGGUCGUUGACUCUGCGGGGGAGAAAAGCGGCAGUGCAGGCGGCAGCUCUACCGGCGGGUUCAAGAAGGGCGGGUUCAAGAGCUCGUUCUCCGUCGUUGCCGGAGGAGGCACAGGCGGUUCGAGUGCGGCGGCGUCAGUAACGGCUGCCAGGCGGAAGAAGAACGUUCUAGGUGACGAUGACGAGGAUGAGGAUGAGGUCCAGCAGACGAGUGCUUCGACAAAGGCUGGUGGUCCCAAGGCCCCUGGAGACGGAGACCAUUUACAGGCGGAUAAAGAGGUAGAAAGCGACACUGACGAUGAAUACGGAAACGAUGAUAUUGAAGCUGGUGGUGGCUAUUAUGAUCCUCGACGACCUACAGACUGCUUUCACGAAUGUGCUGGAGCAAAGGUCUCUGUUGGCUGA